UCACUUUAAGGACAAACACAGAAUUAGGCACAAGAAGAGAUGGUCUCAGAUAAUGUACCUGUACUACCUUCUGGGAUGGAAACUCUUCAGGCAAUUCUAUCAGGUUUAUCAGAAGGAUAUAGCCAGGGCACUUGUGGAAGAAAACCUGGAGAGAGUGAAAAAGAACACCUAUAUCCUGGCUCUGGAUGGGGACACGGACUUUCAGCCCUCGGCUGUGAUGCUAUUGGUGGACCGUCUCAGGAUGUAUCCCGAGGUGGGGGCUGCAUGCGGAAGGAUCCACCCCACUGGCACUGGGCCGAUGGUUUGGUACCAGAAGUUUGAGUAUGCCGUGGGUCACUGGCUACAGAAGACAGCAGAGCAUGUGUUUGGGUGUGUGCUCUGCAGCCCUGGCUGCUUCAGCCUCUUUAGGGCAUCGGCUCUCAUGGAUGACAACAUCAUGAAGAAGUACACCACCACAGCCACAGAGGCAAGCCACUACGUACAGUACGAUCAAGGUGAGGACCGCUGGCUGUGCACACUGCUUCUGCAGCAGGGCUGGCGUGUGGAGUACAACGCCGCGUCGGACUCCUACACGAACGCCCCGCAGGAGUUCAAGGAGUUCUACAACCAGAGACGCCGCUGGGGCCCCUCCACCAUGGCCAACACCCUGGACCUGCUGGGCAGCGGCGAGCUGACGGUGAAGAAGAACAAAUCCAUCUCCACCCUCUUCAUCCUCUACCAGACCCUCAGCAUGGGAGCUUCCAUCCUCGGCCCAGCCACUAUCUGUCUGAUGAUUGCAGGAAGCUUCAACUUUGUCUUUAGCAUUUCACCUAAUUGGUCACUCGUGCUAGCUAUUGUGCCGCCAUUAAUCUACUUGAUUCUGUGCUACGUCCUGAGCUCCAACACCCAGAUCAACAUUGCAGCCAUUAUGAGCAUAUUCUAUGCCUUCUUGAUGACGGCGAGCAUUUUUUCAAUCAUUGGUGACAUGGUGGUGGAGGGCACCUUCAUGACCCCUAGCGGUCUCUUCUUCAUCGGUAUCACCACCAUGUACAUUGUCACGGCCAUGCUCCACCCCCACGAGUUCCAACUCAUCAUCUACGGCCUCCUCUACGUCCUCUGUAUCCCCAGCGGCUACCUCCUGCUGUCCAUCUACUCCAUGGUCAAUAUGAACAACGUGUCCUGGGGAACCAGGGAGACCGCCGCCCCGAAACCAGCUGCCGGUGCUGGUGCUACCCAGACAGAGAUCCAGAAGAACAUCAAGUUCCACAAGAGCUGCAAGUGCUGCAGCUGGAACCUGGAGUUCCAGAUCAACGAGGACCAGGAGGUGACCGUGCUUGUGCCUGUUACCGCUCCGCAGCAGGAGCUUGACAUUCUAGAAGACCAAGAAAGUGACAAAGAAGACUCAGAGAGUUAUUGGCUUACACAGCUGGUGGAAAGAUCUGGAGAGCUGAAGCUGGAGACAAAAUACCUCGAUAAUGAUGAGGUGCAGUUUUGGGAGGGUCUCCAGGAACGCUACCUUAAACCUCUGGAUGAGGAUAAAGCAAAGAAGAAGCAAAUUGAGGCCGACCUCAAAGACCUUAGAAACAAGGCCACCUUUGUCUACUUCAUCUGCAAUACCCUCUGGCUUGUGGCGACGUUCUUUCUGCAAGAGAUUGGAGGGUCCGUCAGCAUCCAGAUUCCAAAACUUUAUGCCAAUGGGACUUUAGAUACUGACGCGAAAAUCUUCAUUGAUCCCAUUGGCUUAAUGUUUGUCAUUGGUUUUGCACUUCUGCUGGUGAUUCAGUUUUUCGCCAUGCUGUGGCACAGACUGCAAACGCUGAUCCACUUCAUAGCCUACCAAGGAACCGAGUCUGCAGUCAUCAAAACAGCGAAAAAGUCUUAUGAGAGAUUAGACAAUGAAAAGAACAUCUAGCACUUUCUUUUUGAAUGGAAUAUCUUCAUUGGUCAAGUACACAAAGACAACAGGAUGAAGGAUUUUCAACAAAAACUACAAGAAGCACAAAGCAAUUAAUUAACCCAUUUGAUAAAAUAUAAUUCUAGUUUUACAUGUAAUGAUAGUCGCAUAAUGUUAAGAUGUUGUAUUUAAGGAAAAUGUCUUUCACAACAUAUGCAAUGU